AUGGACAAUCGGUCAUGUUCCUCUAAAUCACGUAAUCUGGCUAGCGCAGGCAACUACAAAUCCAAUAACACGCACCGUGAUCGCAAGUCCAAGUCCGCUCAAGCGGUUGAGUUUCAGAAGAUCACAAGAAAGAAAAUUCCAGUCAAGAAGGAGAAGGCCGCAGUAUGUGAUUCUACUUCUUUACCUUUGAUAGAGAAGACACCAGUCGUAGAUUCUCCAACAAAAUACGAGGUUCUUCAAAAUUUAACUUCUAAACCCUUGAAGAGCACGACUACCGUUGAGAAUGUUCUUGUAGCAAAUCGUGAGAGAGAACCCAUGAGGGCAACAGUGGUGCACAACGAAAGAUCGCGAUCGAGUUCUUUCCUUCCAAUUCGUCCAAAACGUGCCGUCGAUGUUGUGGAGAAGAAGAAACAGACACAAGGGGACACUGUGAAUCCGACAUUGCCGAGAAGGCGCGCCAUCCGUAAGCGUAGUGAAUUUGGAUGGAUGGAAAGAUCAGUUGCCGUGAUUUCUCGCCUAACGUAUUGGUUCGAAUUCAUAUCUAGGUGGAUUCUGAAUCUCGUUGUCGACGUAUCUCUCCAGGUUUAUGAUGUCCUAUCUUACAGAUCAGGCAUUACGUCUGUUCGCCAAUUAGAUGUACGGCAACUUCUUCGGUCUCAUGAACCCGAGGCGCUAAUGUGGGGCUUGGAAGAGAAUAUAACACUGCCCACCACAGGAGAGGAGGCGUUAGAGCGUUUUCUGUACGCCCCGAAGUGUCAAGACGCGUACGGUGUUCUUGGACUCCAGGCAUCGUGCACAGAAGAAGAUGUGCGAAGGCAUUUCAAAAGGCUUAAUUCACUUUUGAAUCCUGAAAAGAACAUGCUUGAAGGAGCGGAAGAAGCUCAUGAAUUGGUAACUAAAGCCUACCAAGCUAUCUCGACACCGGAAGCUCGGAAAAUGUACAAUUUCACUCGUCUGCGUCCUUGCAAGAAUGAUUUGCAUCAUGAAAUUGGCAAGUUAUGGAACCGCAUCCGUGAACGUGUGGAAGAGGCUCGUAAUUCCAUGUAUUGUGACUGUGGUCGACGUCAUUCACGAGUUGCUCUCGACGUCCGUCAAAAUGAAGCACGUUAUUGCCGCCGCUGCAAGACGCGUCAUCCAGCAAGAGCGGUAUUACAAGAAUUCUCUUUCGCUUUCUUCUACUUUUGUAUCGAGCGGCGCCUGCAUCUCUUGCGUCUGGCUGUAUCAUCACGAAUAUUAUGA